GCAGAAUCAGCCUGUCAAUUCGAAAGCAAGCGAGGGAAAACUGCUGUGCCUCUCAGGUCUCACCUUGAUGUCAUGCCUGUCCAUGUGCUGUUGGAGGGUACGGGGCCUCAGAUACCAGCACAUCUGACCAGGAUUCCCAUCUCUCUCAUCACCACCAGCACAGAUGUCACAGACAAAAUAGUCAAGGGGAAAGUGGUUCACAAGGGGCCGCUAGUGCCAUUGAACAAUGACAGUUUUAUCCUGAAGAUGGUCAUCCAAGAAGAAGAUUCCAUGCUGAACAGCUCAUCUCAGAACUCAUCUGUCAAUGUUGUUUUGUUUGGAUCACUGGCCAAGAACUUCAGUCAGUCUGCCAACCAAGGGGAUGUAGUGGUGGCCUCUGGCUUCACUGUGGGCAAAUCUCCCACAGUUCAUAAGGACAAUCUGCACCCCUGUAACCUGCUGCUAACAGAAGAUGGAGCCUGCAUUUAUGUGUUGCGUCCAGUGCUUCCUAACCCCAGAUCCCCACCAGCCAACAAAAGGAGAUCCCCAGUCUCUGCUGAGCUUUCUUCAGCCAAGGCUCCAAAGUACACAUAUGCCAAACUGGACAGCUUGAAAGCUGGAUCUGUUGUCAAUGUGUAUGGUGUAGUGGUGUUCUUCAAACAGCCUUUUAAGAGCCGUGGUACAGAUUUCUGCUCUAGCCUGAAGAUUACUGACCACUCUAAUGAAAAGAUUGGCUGCACCAUCUUCUGUGAGAAACUGGAGGACCAUCCCAAAAUCUUUCGGAAUGGAGACAUUGUUCGCAUGCACAGAGUUAAGGCUCAAGUUUUCAACAAGUCCAUCACGCUGGUCAACACCUUUGGUUUUUCUGUGGUGACAUUUGAUGGGGUGAAAGGUGCACCGGUCGAACCGCGGACAUCCAGCCGUUCAUUCCACUUUGACCCAGACGACCAGCGGACGGUGGAGGAGCUACGAUCCUGGGCUGCCAGUCAGGCUCUCUUCGCCUCAGUUACCAGCACAGUCCCACUGUCUGCUGUUCAGCCCAAAGCUUACUUUGACCUGACCUGCCAGCUGCUGGCCAAGGCCCCUGUUGAUACCACCUGCACCUUGUUGAGGGUGUGGGAUGGGACCAGGUGUCCUCACACUCUGCUGAAGGUAAUUGUUGAGCCACAUGUCACAGAGGGACAGUUGUCCUUCUCCAAGGAGAGGGAGAACCUCAUUGCCGAUGUCCUCGUCUAUGACAACCAUGUGGAAGUGGCUAGAAAACUGAAGCCUGGAGUCUUCCUGAGGAUCUACAACCUGCGAGCAAUUGCAGGAUCCAGUACAGUGCCUGGUCUUACCAGAAGCCAAUUACAGGUAGAUCACCUGGCUUUUCAUCUGCACGGAGGGACGUCAUAUGGCAGAGGGAUCGGGAUUCUUCCUGAUAACAGCCCUGACGUGCAGGAGCUGAAGAGAGUUAUUGAAGCUUUCCAAGAAAAUGAUGAAGAAGCACUCUCUGAACUCAAUGACUCAGAUCUCUUGGAGGUCUGGAAAACUCCACCAGAGUCUCUUGAUGGUGGAACACUGGAUUGCAGUACAGAGAGAAGCUGUGGCCAUGACAUGCAGAAGGUGACACUAUCUGAAGUUAAGCGGAGUGGCCUGGGUCGAGUUCACCAUGUCAGGGCCCAGCUGAAGGCCUAUGAACCCCACAGACUGCAUGAGGCACUCAAGCUUUACUGCAGCAAGUGUAAAUCAAUGCAGGAUGUCCCAGAUGAUGAGCUGUUGGAAAGUAUCUUCUCUGAGGCAUCAAAGGACUGUGGACCCUGCAGUCCCCCACCAUGGGUGCUCUCUGGACAGGUCAGCCUCCCAAGACACGCCCCAGGUCCCUCAAACCGAGCUCUAACUGUUUACCUGCUCACUCAGCUUAUGUUUGAGGGCAAAACCAAGGAUGUCAUCUUGCUCAUGGGUUCAACACUGGAGGAAAUGUGCCAGCUCAUGGCCAGCUACCAGAACAUCAUCCCCGUAAGGGCAUCAGGAGGUCACCUGUCUCUGUUCGACCUAUCUGCACCUUUUCUGUUCAGAGGCAGGAAAAGAUAUUACGGCUGUAAGCGGUGUUCCAAGGCUGCAGUGAGGGAGCAGAGUUGGGAAGGAGUUGAGAUGAUAGAUGAGAAAAUUAUCGCUGAAGCUCUCGGCAUUCAGCCGCUGCAGUUCAUCCUGCUAAUGAAACUGGAGCUGCAGGAUGCCACCGACACGCUGGAUGUCUUCCUGUGGAGACACGCUGAAUCAUUCUUUGGUGUGUCUGCAGAGGAUGCUUCAGCCAAUCAGGAAGCUCAGAACAGCAUCUGCCAAAUCAUGGACUCUCUCUGUCCACCAGGUGGCAACGUGGGUCAGCACCCAUGGCUUGAUUUAUGUUUGAUGGCAUAUCAAGCAGAGGACGACGAUGGACAGACUAAGACCUGCUAUCAGGUCUGUCACACGACUGUUGUGAAACCCUCAUCUGAAUGAUCUGACACCAUCUGCACCACCUGUGGGAAAGAUUCAGAUAAAAUUCUGAUCAGAGGAUUCUGAUUCUGUCUGUUGUUGCUUUAUUUCUUUACAUUUCUAUUUAUUGUGUAAAUAAAGUUAAAAACUGAAUAAAAUAC